UUGAUGCAGUGUCCGCUUCUUUGGACCCGGCGCUGUCAUAAAAAAUACACAGCUGCACGAUGAAGGUCUACAAGGUGUCGUCAUGGCUGAAGCUCUUGGCCUGGUUCGUGCUCACCGCCCUUUUUGUCAAGAUGCUCGCGAUGGUCCGGCCUGACGAAAGGCUAACUUCCGAUCGUUUUGCCGGACGGGGACGCAAUGUGGUUGUAAUACGCAAUGUGCCGCCAGCUCCGGCGAUGCCAGCGAAACCGAAGAUCGACGCGCUCGUUGAGGAUCUAACGGUCGUGCGGCAGGUGCUGCACGAGAAUGCGAAUCGCAGCUGGUCAUUCGAUGAGCAGUGCGCACCCUAUCCGCGCCUCGAGGACCUUAACAUUCAGAGUGAAUACUAUCAGCUCAGUGUGGGCGGCAACGUGAGCUACUUUCUGUAUAGCGCAUUCUACGAGCGUCGGCUCAGCGUGGAUCGUCCUCCGAGCGUCGUUUUGCUGGGCAUGAUCAGCAGCUUCCACGGACCCUUCGAGCCCGCCUACUGCCAGGUUUGGUAUGAGAACAACAGUCGGCCCGAACUGCUGGAGAUGGUGCAACAGGACAUGUCAUGGUAUGAAGAUUGGGGCCUGGCACCCGGGCAAGUUUAUCCGGCGCUCUUCACCUGCCCGAUCGUUGGCGGACCGCGUCGUCAUCGUGUGCCCCAGCUGGUGUCUCUGGUCUUCGGGGAUCGCUGUGCCCGUGCCAGCAAUGCUCUGUAUGUCUACUAUCGGGCGCCAGAGCGCCGUCGCUCGUUGCGUUUCGGUGUCUGUGUCAAGGACCUGCAGUUUCCCGAUGAGGACAUGUCGGAGCGUUUCGUCGAAUGGCUGGAGAUGGUGCGUUUGCUGGGCGCGGAGCGAGUGACGGCCUUCUACUUGGGCGGGAAUACCUUGCAUCCGAACACGAUUCGUACGCUGCGACACUACGAACGGCACGACGGUCUGCUGGAGUUGCGUCCCUUCCGUUUGCUCGAGGGCGUGUCCAAGCCGGCGAUCCAUGUGUCUCUGAACAAGCGUCUGAACGAGGUGCUCAUGUACAACGAUUGCCUCUACCGCAACAUGUACGAGUUCGACUAUUUGGCUGUGAUGGAUGUGGAUGAGCUGAUCAUGCCGCUGGGCGAGCUGCGCAAUUGGACGGCCCUGGUCGAGCGGCUCGAACAGAACCCGAACGGCGACAGCAAUGAACCUACCCAAGCCGGUAGCCGGUCGCCUUGCAGCUUCUGCUUUCGCAACGUCUACUACUCCAGAGAGCUGAAGCAGGAUGAGACGCCGCCGUCUGCCUUCUACAUGCUGCGGCACGUGGAGCGUGUGGCCCAGCAUUUGGAUGCGAAUUCAGCUGUUAAGUGCCUGCAUGCCACGGCCUAUGUGACAGCGCUGCACAAUCACUUCCCACUGGGCUGGCGGGGCGCCGACUAUCCGCGCGAUGUCCCCGUCGCCCUGGGUCAAAUGCAGCACUACCGCGAGCCAGACGACCCCAUGCAGCUCAAGGAGCCGCCGCCGGUGCGCGACGACAAUAUUUGGCGCUUCAAGGAGCAGCUGAUCAACAACUCUUUGGCCGUCCAGCGACAGCUGGGCUGGUCGCUGCCCUAGGGCCACUCCCCAUAUCCCCAGGCUCUAUAUAGGCUCAUAUGCCUAGUGAAGCAGUUGCAUUUCAGGUAUCCUAUGCU